UAGUAUUAUUCCCGUAUUACCCCGAUUCGAUAACACACCUGCGGCUGGUACUGGCUCAGGAGGUGCCGCUGCAUCAAGCGGAAGUAAAUAAUGGCAUGUUUGAAGUUGAAAAAGUUUGAGGAAUUUCUGCAAACGGUUGACGGUUUCGAGAAUCCUAAAGUAACGUUGGAACAGUACAUUACUCCGUCCCACAUAGCGAGUCACAUGCUGUACACGAUUCAGACCAACUAUGACGAUUUGGAAAACAAAUUGGUCCUUGAUUUGGGAUGCGGGGCUGGUAUGUUGAGCGUGGGAGCAUCGCUACUCGGUGCUGCACACGUUGUCGGCGUUGAAAUCGAUUCGGAUGCGAUUGAGAUUUUCAAGAGUAACAUUGAAGGAUUCGAACUAGACAACGUAGAUUGUGUGCAGUGGGAUGUACUAGGAAUGGAGGGGAUUGAUUUUGACCGCAAGUUCGACACGGUACUUAUGAAUCCACCAUUUGGAACAAAGCAAAACAGUGGUAUUGAUAUGAAAUUCCUUCGUAUUGGCCUUGCACUUGCUAAACAUAGAGUAUAUUCACUUCACAAAACGUCCACUAGAGAACACAUAAAGAAAAAAGCUAUUGAAUGGAACGUUAAAGCCAACGUUGUUGCAGAAUUGAAAUACAACCUUCCUCAGACUUAUAAGUUUCACAAACGUUCAAGUGUGGAUAUCGCUGUAGAUUUAUGGCGGUUUGAAAUGAGUAAAUAGCAUUGAAAACAUUGCAAUUAUUUUAUAAUCUUUUUUGCAUGCAAUUACUAAUAAAACAACAAGAUUGCUUUGUAAUAAAACAAAACAUCGUUGAUUCUCGAG